AUGCCUCGUACACCUAAAAAGUCAACCAUACCCUUCACUUCCUACAAACCGCAAACACCAUCGCACUCACCCAUACCCAAAUGCGAGAUCGAGGAGAAAUCUGGAUUUUCAGCUUCACCGUCAUCCAACCUUCCGGCCAAAAGACCCUGGACGUCAGACGAGCUUAUGCAACUCUACGAUCACGUCAAGAAGAAUGGAAGUAAGAACUGGGAAGGUGCUGUACAAGGUAGAACGAGUAAUCAAUGUUACAAAGUAUGGAACCAAACUCUCGAUCCGUACUUGAAGAAUGCUAUCAUCUCAAAAGGGAAAGCGGGAAGAGGUGGGUUGUGA